AUGACUUCAACAACCAUUCCCAUGCCACGCAGACAGCCACGAAACAAUUCUGACCACGCUGAUUCAGGCAGGAGAACUAGGAGAACUGAUCGUUUUGACAGUGACAUUCGAGACUCUGAUCAGGAACCUCCACGACCCAACUCACGACCACUUGCAGCGUCACGACCUCCCAGAAUUUUCUCAAUAUCACCCUUGUCAGCCAACGAACAAGGUUAUUUCCAGAAUGCGCGACCACGGGCUCACCCCAAUUCGAAGGAUCACAGGAAUAACGAUGAGACUGAUGAUGAUACAUUCGUCAUCUACUCAGAACAUCUUGCAGCGUCACUUCAGGCAGGCAUCUUCGCUCAGAACCGUCGGCUGAACAGAGUGCAACACGUGCCUAAGAUCGUCAAUGUUCAAUCUGCCAGAAGCAGUGGCUCUUAG